GAUACCUUCAACCCAAACACAUUUCUUCAGCCUAGUUCUCAACUUCUCCUCCAAAACCUUAGACCCCUGCCUCCCCCCUCCCUCUCGCCUUCUCCCAUAACACUAUUGCAAAAUCAAGCAAAAUGGCUGACCUCAAAGACUACGGUGCCCAAUGGAGAGAAGAAUGGGCCGUUGUUCAGAGGGUCAAGGGGCCCAGCGCGAAGAACAGCUCCGUCUUCUACCGAAACAUCGAAGAAGAGCUGGACAUCUCCCGACAAGUCGGCCUUAGCUUUCCCAUCCACACCCCUAGCCAUAUCAUGGACUUCUCCUCCUGCGACACUCUCGGAAUGGGCGCUACCGGCCUUCUCAGGGAGGAGUUCUUGAACGAACUUGACGCCAAUCCUGGCUUCCAGCUUGGUGCCAGUGGAUCGCGUCUCUUGGACGGCACGACCGAGUACCAGUUAAUGUUCGAAAAGGAAAUGGCCGAACUCAUGGGCGUCGAGUCGGCUCUUGUGGUGCACUCCGGAGCCACCGCCAACCAGGCCAUUUUCUCCACCAUCCCUCGCUCUGGCGACGUCAUUGUGUACGACGAGCUCAUGCACGCCACCGCGCUUACCGGCAUGAAGAGCAGCUUGGCCCUCGAGCAGAUCCCCUUCCGUCACAACGACGUCGACCAUUUCAUUGAAACCCUGGAAGCCGUCAAAGAGUCGACCCCCCUCGUCAAGGAGGGGAAGCGCUGCGUCCUUAUCGCCGUCGAGAGUUGGUAUAGCAUGGACGGCGAUAUCUGCCCCCUGAAGGAGCUUAUCGAUGCUGCCAAGGAGAUCUUCCCCCGUGGCAACGCUCAAUUCAUCGUCGAUGAGGCCCACAGCUUCGGAGCCUGCGGUCCCGAGGGCAAGGGCUUUGUCGCCGAGCAGGGCCUCGAUGACGAGAUUGCCGUCAGGAUGGUUACUUUUACCAAGGCCUUGGCUGGAUCUGGUGCAUGCAUUUUGUCUAACAAUACCGUCCGCUGGCUCCUUAUCAACCAGGCCAAGGUUUUCAUCUGCUCCGUUGCACCUCCCUUCACGCUGCUGGCAUCAUCCCGUGCCGGAGUCCGGCUCAUGCGGAGCCAGAAAUUCCAAGAGUCUCGUGAUUAUCUGCAUCAACUUACCACGUUCUACCUGGACACGCUUACCUCCCACCCCGUCUACAAGAAGGCCUACAAGAAGGGCCUCCUGAAGAUGCCCGUCCACGAGGACGGAAGCUGGCACGAGACGCCCAUUACUCACAUCGUGCCCCUCUGGACGCCUCGCAAGAAGCACGCGCUGUACCUCACUUUCCACCUCACCAGGGACGGCAUCAACGGAUGCUACAUCGUGUUCCCCAUUGUAGGCAAGGGAGAGGACCGCGUCCGACUCCUGCUGCACGCCCAUAACACCAAGGAGCAGGUGAUGACGCUGAUCGACUCCAUCAUUACCUGGACCCAGGAAAUGCUGGACAUUGAAGCCAGUGGUGACAAGAACAAGCUCCCCAGCGCCACCCGCCUGGCCUAUGAUCUGAUCAGGGAGGAUGGCGGCGACGGUGCCGAAGAGGCCAACCUGUUCAAUCCCAACAGCUUGAACAUCCAAGCCUUGGGCAUGGUGUCCUCCGUCAACGGCAAUGCGUAGAAGCAUUGUUAUAGAAACGCGUUAUAGAUUCAUGUUUUCUUGUUAAUUGAGUAGUAGACAGUCAAUCUAUCUUAACAAUCC